AUGAAAGCCGACGUGAGCGCAGCCUUCGCCGGAUCCCACCUCGGGAGGCACAACGAUGUCGACCAGGACUCAACCGCCUUCUUGCAUGAUACAGAAGACUUGAGCGUGGGCAUGAGCGCCACGACCUUUCAGGAAUCGAAACGCAAGGAGGAGAGAAAGGCUGAGCGCACGAUACGGAAGCUGGAGAUCAUGCUAUCUGAGGUGACGCUUGGUGGUGCGGAGCAUGGGGUUGAUGUGAGGGAUUUUGCUGUGGUGGGGAAACCCCACACGCACCUCACAAUCACCGGAGCCCUGCACUACACCCACACCGGCGCCUCAACCCUAGCAUCCUACCUCGACAUCUUCCCGCCAACUCUUCUGGAAGCCAGCCCUGUUGUCCUAAACGUAUAUGUAGACAACGCAAUGCGCUACGGCCACACGUCUCUCGACUUCACGAAACUCAACCACUUCCUCGCCUCCUUCGCGACUUGCCUCGACCGUCGCGGCUCCAGUCACACCUCCUUCCAGACCUUACAGCUGCACUUCUUCACCCACAGAGUCGGAGCUUCCGACCCAAUCUUCCACGACAUUCUCUACCCCAUCGCCAAGAUCCCCACGGGCACUACGCUCGUCCUCAAGGGUCUCGAGGCAAAGCUGCAGGGCCGUCUCCUGGAGUUACGCAGUGGCGAUGUGGCAGGUCGGGAUACGCUGGGCGGUUGGUUGAGGCUACGGUCAGAGCUGAUGGCGAAUGGGGAGACAGGCUGGAAGGCGAAGUUUGGAGUUGCGAGUGUGGACUUGAUGGUCGGUGGGGGGGGGGGAAGACUGUGUUGA